AUGACUGAUGAAACUUCACCAACGUCGGCCAAAAGGACAGUACAACCUGCGGCAGUAAAAAUCGAGAAUGUCACUCGUCGAACUGAGCCAGGAUUUAUAGACGGUGUAACGGCACCAUUUCGAGGAUUAAUAUUCAUCCUUGGUACGCCUGCUUCUUGGCCACUAGCAGCCGUGCCUGCUAUUGUAUUUUUAUUGUUAUUUUUGCUAUUUGGUGGUCUUGGAAUUUGGUUAAUACACGCGAAAACUGCUCACUGGGUUGUCCAUACAUCGAAAUGGGUCGUUAUUGGUACGUGGUUAAUGCGUAUAUUAUUCGACAUUGCUGCUGUAUUAAUAGCUGCUGUUCUUGCACUGACGAUUGCUCAACCAGUUAGUUCUCCAGCUCUCGAAAGUCUCGUUCGCAUGCAAGAAAGAGCACUAAAUUAUCCGAAUAAACCAGAAGAACCAAUCAUCACUAGUAUUCUACGUUCCGUUCGUGUCAGUAUCGUCUCAAUAAUAGCAACAAUUAUCAUUUUUAUAAUUUUAACAAUAAUAGAGAUUGUUGCACCACCUGCCGUCGUUAUUACUACGCCGCUUAAAUUUAUUACAACGGGUAUUAUUCUUGCAUGGGACAUUAUCGACUAUCCUUUGUCUCUACGCUACACGGGUGUUAUAGAGCGUACAUUAUGGUUUCGACAACAUAUGCCUGCGUCCAUUGGUUUCGGAUUAGCAAUUGAAGCCAUUUUUUUGAUACCCGGAGCUUGUAUAUUAUUAUUACCAGCGGGAGUUGCAGGAGCCACUUGGCUUGUGGUGGAAAUUGAAAUUGUAGAGGUAGAAGAUCCACUACUAAACGCUUGA